AUGUGGCAAAAUCAAUCCCUCCAAAACACAGGGAGUGAUCGAAUUUUCCAAAACACCAUGGCAUUUCAAGUUCACAACAAAGCAAUAGUUGAAUUGCUAUACAAGGCACUAUUGGGAGAAGUAAAGAAAAUGGACAUGGUAUCCAAAUUGGUGGCAAGUGAUCUUGAAUGGUGGUUCCAUGGUCCACCACAAUGCCAACACAUGAUGAGGCUCCUAACAGGGGAGAAGCCUCACAACGAUGGGUUCCGGUUCGAGCCGAGAAGCGUCACUGCCAUUGGAGACUGUGUCAUCGCCGAAGGGUGGGAAGGAAAGGCCUAUUGGGUGCACGUUUGGAAGCUCAAGAAUGGGCUCAUAACUCAGUUCAGAGAGUACUUUAACACAUGGCUUGUGGUAAGGGAUCUCCGGCCACCGGCAUGGGAAGAUGAGAGGAAGGACAGUAACACUCUGUGGCAGAGCCAGCCUCGCGAUCUCUAUCGCCGCUCGCUGCCUGGACUUCUGUUAGCUAUUUAGCAUUUUCCGCUCAUGGUUUAAAUAGGAAAUGGAUCGUCUUGUAUCUAAAAUUUUAAUAAAAGUGUUCA